CCGCGUAGUUUCAAGGGGUUCAUUCUCAUUCGUCCUUCUUUAAGCUGUAUUUAAAAGAAAAUAAAUAUGCAGGCCACUCGCUUCUUAAAGAAAUUUGUCACAUCAACAAAUACAAGAUCAUUGGCAUCUGGAACACGUAAAGUUACAUUGAUUCCUGGAGAUGGUAUUGGUCCAGAGAUAGCAGCAGCUGUUCAAAAGAUCUUCGCCACAGCCAAUGUUCCCAUUGAAUGGGAGUCUGUUGAUGUCACACCGGUGAGAAAUCCUGAUGGUCGUUUUGGAAUCCCACAAGCUGCAAUCGAUUCUGUUAAUCGCAACCAAAUCGGCUUGAAAUCCCCUCUGAUGACUCCGAUAGGCAAAGGACAUCGAUCUCUCAAUUUACAACUUAGAAAAGAAUUCAAUUUGUAUGCUAAUGUUCGUCCUUGUCGAAGUCUUGAAGGCUACAAAACACUCUAUGAUGAUGUUGAUGUUGUGACAAUUCGUGAGAACACUGAAGGCGAAUAUUCUGGAAUUGAACAUGAAAUUGUUGAUGGAGUUGUUCAAAGUAUCAAACUCAUCACAGAAGAGGCUUCAAAACGUGUCGCCGAAUUUGCUUUUCAAUAUGCCAAAGAUAAUCAACGUUCGAAAGUUACCGUUGUACACAAAGCUAACAUAAUGCGAAUGUCGGAUGGUUUGUUUUUACGCUGUUGUCGUGAAACAGCUGAUAAAUAUCCAGAAAUCAAAUUCGAAGAGAAAUAUCUUGACACAGUUUGCUUAAACAUGGUUCAAGAUCCACGACAAUACGAUGUGCUUGUCAUGCCCAACUUAUAUGGUGACAUUCUAUCGGAUAUGUGUGCUGGUUUAGUUGGAGGUUUGGGAUUGACACCAUCAGGAAAUAUCGGUUUGAAUGGUGCUUUGUUUGAGGCUGUGCAUGGAACAGCACCUGAUAUUGCUGGAAAAGAUUUAGCUAAUCCCACAGCUCUUCUUCUCUCAGCUGUCAUGAUGUUACGUUAUAUGGACUUGAAUCAACACGCAGACAAGAUUCAACAAGCAUGUUUCGCAACGAUCAAAGAAGCAAAGUAUCUUACUGGUGACUUAGGUGGUAAAGCCAAAUGCUCUGAGUUUACCAACUCAAUUUGUGAGAAACUUAAUUAGAUAUUUCUUCGUUUUUCGAUUUAAGCCCUUAAGAUUCUCUAAAUUCUUCUCUUCUCACUUCGUAUCAAUGAUUAAUAAUUGGAGAAUCAAAAUAUUUGCCUUGCAGCGGCGCUUAUAACGAAAUCAUCUCAUCCUAGUCUCAUUAAUGAAACGAGAAUUUUUGUUAGAUAAAAACUUUUAAUUUUAAUUAAAUCCGCCCCCACCUUUAUUGGUCGAUUGAAUAUUUAGCAUUGAUUUGCCGUUACAUAAAUUAUUUAUUCUGGCCAUUAGUUUUGGCCAUUAGAUUUAGAAAAGUGAUAACUUUUAUGGUGACAAAAAGAAAACAGGAAAGAAAUUUAACUUUUUAAGUGAAGAAGAGUUGAAUGUCGAUGGAAGUAAAUAAAAAGAUUUAUUUCUUGAAAUAAAAAUUAUUCACUUUCUUGUCUUGAAUCUAAUGACAACAAUUUGUCGCUGCAAAAAAUCAUCAAUAAGAAUUUCUUUCUGAGUGGAAAAGAUUAUUUAUUUGUUCUUAUUUAAAUUAUGUGGAUAUACACAAGAAAUGAAUAAAAGAUAAAUUAAUUUAAUGUUUGGCAACAAAUCGAAAUUAUGAGAUAGAAAAUUAUUAGAUAUUUAAUUUCAUUAAUGUCGGAGCAAGAAAAGCAUAAAAAAGUUACGAAAAUAAACAAAAAACGUUGGAAAAAGACAAUAAAAUUGAAAUUUAGAAU